UUUUAGUCCCACUUGAGUGAGCGAGCGCUCGAUGCCCUUGUUGUUCAAAGAGCUAACUUGUUUGGGCUUUUCACAUCUCCGUGGAAAAUCAUAUCUGCAGCCAUGGCGGGUCGUGGCGGCCCAGUGCUAGUUCUGAAGGACACCACGAAGCGUGAGAGUGGAAGGAAAGUGCAAUUGGGCAACAUUGAGGCAGCAAAGACGAUUGCUGACCUUGUUCGCACUAGCCUUGGUCCUUGCUCCAUGUUGAAGAUGCUCAUGGACCCGAUGGGUGGCGUUGUUAUGACCAAUGAUGGCAAUGCCAUACUUCGAGAGAUCCAAGUACAGCAUCCGGCAGCCAAGGCCAUGCUUGACAUCAGCCGUGCAGUAGAUGAGGAGGUUGGCGAUGGUACCACUUCAGUCAUCAUUCUUGCUGGAGAGAUGCUAUUGGGCGCAGAGAAGUUCUUGAAGGACAACAUUCACCCAACAGUCAUCAUCGGUGCGUACCGCAAGGCAUUGGAUGAUGCCGUGACAAUGGCGAAGGAACAGAUCAGUGUGCCUGUCGACGUCAACAAUCGCGAACAAGUGCUCAAAAUCAUUAACAGCUGUAUUGGAACGAAGAUGAUCCGUACAUGGGCUGACAAAGCAUGCAACAUGGCCUAUGAUGCUGUUGCCACCGUGAAGACGGAGGAUAGAGGCCGCAUGGAGGUCGACAUCAAGAGAUAUGUCCGUGUUGAGAAGGUUCCAGGUGGUUCGGUCAACGAUUCCUGUACUUUUGGUGGCUGCAUGCUCAACAAAGAUGUUGUACACACCAAAAUGCGCAGGAGAAUAGAAAACCCCAGAAUCAUUCUGCUCGACUGCAAUCUAGAGUACAAGAAGGGAGAAAGCAUGACGAAUUUAGAAAUUUCGAACGAAGCAGACUUCACGCGUAUUCUUGAGCUUGAAGAGAAAAUGGUUAAGCAGAUGUGUGAUGACAUCAUCAAGUUAAAGCCAGACCUGGUGAUCACGGAGAAGGGCAUUUCUGAUCUGGCACAGCACUACUUGCUGCAGAACAACAUCUCUGCUCUACGCCGAACACGCAAGACAGACAACAACCGUAUUGCAAGAGCAACCGGCGCUACUAUCGUUAACCGCACAGAUGAGUUGAAAGAGUCUGAUAUCGGUACUGGCUGCGGGAUGUUUGAGGUCCGGAAGAUCGGCGAUGAAUACUUCUCAUUCAUCGAGAACUGUAAGAACCCGAAGGCCUGCACCAUCCUGUUGCGUGGUGCCAGCAAGGAUGUUCUCAAGGAGGUCGAGCGUAACCUUCAAGAUGCUCUUCAUGUAGCACGCAACAUCAUGGUGCAGCCCAACAUUGCAGCUGGUGGUGGUGCCCUGGAAAUGGCUCUUCAGCGGGGCUUGACAGAGAAAGCAAAGUCUGUGGAUGGAAUUCAGCAGGGACCCUAUCAGGCCGUUGCCGACGCUCUGGAGAUCAUUCCAUCCACGCUUAUUCAGAACUGCGGCAGCAAGCCACUCCGUGUUCUGACUGAGCUGCGCGCCAAGCACUCACAAGGUCUCACAACGUACGGAAUUGACGGCGAAACUGGCAAGGUCGUGGACAUGAACGAGUAUGGUGUGUGGGAUCCACUUAACGUUCGCCUGCAAGCUAUCAAGACAUCUGUUGAGACUGCAAUCUUGUUGCUGAGGAUCGACGACAUUGUUUCAGGUGUAAAGAAGUCUCAAGGAGAAGGCAACUAGACGUUGUGCAUACCUACAUCUUACAGCCCACUCUGUACAUACAUCACAAGUCUAUUUUUUCUCUUCUGUUAUUUCCUUCUUUUUUUCUUUUUUUUCUUUCUUUUUUUAACUCUGUUUUACUCUCUUGUAUAUUUUGUGUGGCUGAAGACUGUACAUGUAACACAUCAAUUCAAAAAUCAUGAGCAUGUGCUACUGAUUCCACUUCUAUGUUAUUCUUCUCUCGUGAGGCCGAUUGUGCGAAUAAGGUUGCAUUCCUGCGGCUUCAAUGCGUCGGGAUAGUUCUGGCAGAACUCCCUAGUAGCCUCGGCCAUAACACCGGUACCGGGUAGCAGACUACUCUGAUUCCAGAGUGCGUCCUGCUGACAUGAUUACCAAUCUACAAUAAUAGUUGAAAUCGCUUUGUCUGCGCAGCCAAAUACAGCUGCUCUACUGUCACUGAUUGCAAAGAUUUUAGUUCAGUAGUACUCGUA